AUGUUUCCUACUCUCGGUUUGUUCAGCAAGCUGCCAUGUCCAGAGAAACAGUCUUGCAGACGCGUCAAUUGCCUGUACACUCACGAUCCCGACGUUGUCUACCAGUCUCCGAUCACCAUCGUCGUUGAUGUUGCCCCCACACCUCCCUCAGAACAGCCGCCACCAUCAUCAUCGUCUCAACAUGCACAGAAAGCCUUCCCGUCUAUAUUACCUGCAAAGCGCUCUGUUAGCUCGCCGUUACACGCUGUCGCAGGCAGCAGUGAUGCUUCCAAUCAAGAGCCUCCAAGAAAACUGCAGAGGACCGGGCCGUUACAGAAAUCAAUAGCUGUACCUACAGCGUCCCAUACGUCUACGGGCGUACCUGUGCUUCGCGUCAGUGCGGCACAGUCCCAAGUUCCUAUUUCCGUUCGUCAGGCAAUGCUCAAGAAUCUCUAUGAUCAUUUUCUUGUUCUCUAUGAGAAGAUACUUCCCGCGAACCCGUCGUUAGCGUCGGAACAUGCCUUGCGUCAGGAAGAAGAGGUGUACAACAUCUCCACGAAGUAUACCUAUCGCAAUGCGGUUAUCUCUUCAAUCGCUACUCUCAAGAAACGAUCAUUUCCUGAUCACUUCUCCCACCCGUCUGUCGGGACUGAAUGUGAUGUCACCAAGCGAGAGGAGGCGCGAAAGAAGAUGGAGGCGCUGCGUCUCACUGCAUCUCAACUUGAACCUUACGUUCUCUCCGUAGAUGAAAUGAGACGAUGGGGUUAUAUCGUAGAUAUUCCACCGGGCUCUGGAGGGGAGCGAUCUAGUGAAGAGGGCUCCAUCAAGACCUGCGAACGAUGUCGCCAGCAAUUCAAGGUCAAGCGAGCAGAGGAAGCAGAUGAGUGCGUUUUCCACUGGGGAAAGCCCUAUUCCUCCAAGGUAAAUGGCGAGAGGAGGCGCCUCUACACCUGUUGCUCGCGCUCAAUGGACGACGAAGGCUGUGAACGAGGACCACACGUUUUCUAUGACUUAACGCCCGAAGACCUGCAUCUUCGACACCCGUUUUCGUUCACACCAGGGACAUCGCCGGAGCAAUCAGACAAUUCGUCCACUGACUCUGAUAUGACCGCAGACACUGCGUUGGAUAUCGUAGCUCUGGAUUGUGAGAUGAUAUACACCACAGGCGGCAUGCGUGUCGCCCGAGUAUCUGCCGUAGAUUCCACUGGAAAGGAAGUAUUCGAUGAACACGUCAGGAUGGAUGAGGGGGUCGAGGUCAUUGAUUUCAACACCCGCUUUUCUGGCAUCACUGCAGAGUCAUACAAGACUGCACUUCUGCCCCUCUCUGGUAUUCGAGCUUCACUGGAUGCACUCGUCAGCUCGAAAACCAUCGUCAUUGGUCACGGCCUCGACAAUGACCUGAAGACUCUGCGAAUGAUUCAUUAUCGAUGUGUCGACACGGCGAUCAUGUUCCGGCAUCCCUCAGGUCCGCCUUUCCGGCGUGCUCUCAGAAAUCUCGUCAAGGAGUUCCUCGGAAGGACAAUCCAGGCCGGAGGUGGCACGGUCGGUCACAGUUCUGUGGAAGACUCGGUUGCUACCCUCGACCUGGUACGAUGGCAGGUCUUGAAUAACCCGAAUCCUCGACCAAAGGUAGAUACCAAGCCAUCGGAGACCCACAAUGUGGGACCAUCUUGA